AUGUCGCGCUCCAUGGGCAUCAUCCGCGCAGCGGCUCGUGCUUUCCAUGCCAAUGUCGUUCGACAGCCCCCAGCGUCUCAUCAGCAGAUUGCACAGGUUCCAACCACCGCGUCGACGAAGGUCGUCAACGUACACAAUGUCAAGAGCACCAAUCCCCUCGAAUCUCAUGCAGAGGCUGCUCGCUCCGAUUCUGUCAUCCAGGGAAAGAAGAUGCUUGUGUGCCGCCGCACGAAUGGCACCUUGACCCUAAUCGAAACUCCCGAGGACUCGAGUGCCUCUUCUCAGACUUUCCAAGAAUACCGCAACAAGCACAUCUUCGCCGAAUACGACGAGUAUGCUGUGGCCAAGUCUGCUUCUGGUCAGAUCUACUUUGCACCAUUUGUCCGACCGGACUCGAGCAUUGUGCGGAUUCUGGUCGAGUUCAAGGAGCUCAAUCUCGAGCAAAUCUAUCAUCUGGAGAAGGAAGUGCAGUCACUUUUGACGCCAAUGAAGAAGGCUUUUGGAAAGACCUUGCCCCCAUACGGUCACAACCGCGGCAUUGCCCUGGGCGAAACCAAGACCCAUGCUUACAAGGCGAAGGGCGACGAGGUGUGGACUCACGGUACCAUGGAGUUCUCGAUCCCAUUUGAGCACGUGGCCAUCUUGGGCGGUAUUGGGGAGCUCUACGGCGUCACUUUCGUGGGCGACAAGAUGGCGUGCAUGGGGAUGAUGGACCUGCUGUGA